AUGACGACCUUCAUCGCGUAUCAGCCUCGGGAAAGUGCACCGUUAUUCGGAAGUCACACCUUCGGCAAUUCUCCUACAGUCGGCCUUCCCAGUUGGGUGUCGAGCAGACAAAGCCCAAAAUCUCCUCAGCAGGCGACACCUGUGAGCAAUGCCGAUUUUGUCGAUUUGACCGUCUCUGGCCAGAACACCGCUCGAAAACGUCUGGUGGCGAGCGGAAAUCAACACGCCGCCAAGUCAGAGAAGUGCGUACUAGCGCUUAGCGCCACGUGA